UGAUAUUCCAAGAGUUGCAACUUGUGGUUCGGUUGUUGUGCUUUGUAGCAGGAAGAUUUGUACCCAAAGCUCUUCUUACGUUUAGUUGUCUUCGUCAAAAAGUGAUCAACAACAUUAUGGAGGGGGAAGUGGUGAAGAAGCUUGCUCCUAAACUUGGAAUUUCUGUGCCAAGCACAAUCAAGAAAGCUCUAGAGUUGAUGAGGAUGUGUGAUGCCAGGUGUACCAACCUGUCCUCUCUGGGGAUCCAGGGGUCAUGUAAGGCCGUCCUCUGUCUGGAGCUGGCAGCCAGUUGUCAGGACCAGCCCGUCAAUAAGGACAUUGCAGUACGGUUGUCUGGUGUGUCAAAGAAAGUUUACAGCAAUGCGCUGCAGACCCUGGGACGGAUGCUGGACGUGCAGCCCAAGGCCAACGUGAAGGACCUGUGUGUUCAGUUUGGAUGUGUCGGGGCUGCAGAAUUAGCCAAGGACAUUUUACACAGGUAUCAAGAUGAGCUGCAGACAAAAGUUUCUGAUGCUGACAUCUCACAACCAAUGUUCCCAGCUGCAGCAGUAUAUGCAAGUGCAAAGCAGUUGAAGAUUAAGGUGGAUAAAGCCAAGCUGACAUCCGUUGCUGGCACAAAGAAAACUGUAUUUGACAAGUUGUGCAUUGAGAUGACCAAACAUGCAGAAAAAAUAGCAGAAGCAAAGAAGACUCCAGGGACUAAAUCGAAGAGGACAAAAACAUUUAUUGAGGAACUUGAAGAAUCAUUUGAAGGUGACAAAGUUGGCUCAUCUACAAAGGUCGCCCGCCUGUGUGACUCAGACGAUGAGGAGGAAGACUAUGAGGAGUGGAAGAGAAGAAUUCUGGAGAACGCUGCAAAAGCUCUUGGGGAGAAGGAUCUGUCCAUCUCAUAUCUCUCAAACCUGCUCUUGUGUUUUUGUUUUCUCCUAUUUUGUAGGCAGUUGAAGAUUAAGGUGGAUAAAGCCAAGCUGACAUCCGUUGCUGGCACAAAGAAAACUGUAUUUGACAAGUUGUGCAUUGAGAUGACCAAACAUGCAGAAAAAAUAGCAGAAGCAAAGAAGACUCCAGGGACUAAAUCAAAGAGGACAAAAACAUUAAUUGAGGAACUUGAAGAAUCAUUUGAAAGUGACAAAGUUGGCUCAUCUACAAAGGUCGCCCGCCUGUGUGACUCAGACGAUGAGGAAGAAGACUAUGAGGAGUGGAAGAGAAGAAUUCUGGAGAACGCUGCAAAAGCUCUUGGGGAGAAGGAGUAGAAUUAAGGACAUCACUCACAUUUUGAU